UGGACUUCAGCAUGACUACUACUCAGUUUCUGGCUUAUGCGGCAAUUUCGGUUUUCUGUGUCUUAAAAGUCAACUCCUUGGAUACUUUUAUCGCAGCUGUUUAUGAACAUGCAGUGAGACUGCCUGAUGACCCCCUAACCUUAGUGUCUCCUGAAGAAGCAUUGGCAUUCAUGAACAGGAAUAUUGAUGUUUUGGAAGGAGCGAUCACGUUAGCUGCAAAUCAGGGAGCACAUAUAAUUGUGACUCCAGAAGAUGGUAUUUAUGGUUACAAUUUCAGCAGGGAAUCUAUCUACCCAUACUUGGAGGAUAUCCCAGACCCUCAAGUGAACUGGAUUCCCUGUAAUAAUCCUAACAGAUUUGGCUACAACCCAGUACAAGAAAGACUCAGCUGCCUGGCCAAGAAUAACUCUAUCUAUGUGGUGGCAAAUAUAGGGGACAAGAAGUCAUGCAAAGCCAGUGAGCCUCAGUGUCCUCCUGAUGGCCGUUACCAAUACAAUACUAACGUGGUGUUUGAUUCUCAGGGAAAACUSGUGGCGCGCUACCAUAAGCAAAACCUUUUCAUGGGUGAAGACCAAUUCAAUGCACCCAAAGAACCUGAGAUGGUGACAUUUAACACAACCUUUGGAAAGUUUGGCAUUUUCACUUGCUUUGAUAUUCUCUUCCAUGAUCCUGCUGUUGCCCUGGUGAAAGAUCUCCAUGUGGACACCGUACUCUUCCCAACAGCUUGGAUGAAUGUCCUGCCACAUUUGUCAGCGGUUGAGUUCCACUCAGCUUGGGCUAUGGGCAUGGGAGUCAAUUUCCUUGCAUCUAAUUUACAUAACCCCUCAAAUAGAAUGACAGGAAGUGGUAUUUAUGCACCUGAUUUUCCAAGAGCAUUUCAUUAUGAUAUGAAGACACCAGAGGGAAAACUUAUCAUCUCAACACUGGAUUCUCACCCAUCCCAUUCCAUAGUGAAUUGGUCUUCUUACGCCAGCAGGAUACAUGCAUUCCCAACAGGAAACCAAGAAUUCAAGGGCACGGUCUUUUUUGAUGAAUUCACCUUUGUGGAGCUCACAGAAAUCGCAGGAAAUUACACAGUUUGUCAGAAAGAGCUCUGCUGUCRUUUAAGCUACGAAAUGUCUGAAAAGAGAUCAGAUGAAGUUUAUGCCUUAGGAGCAUUUGAUGGAUUGCACGUUGUUGAAGGGCGCUAUUACCUACAGAUUUGUACUCUGCUGAAAUGUGAAACCACUGACUUGCACACCUGUGGUGGUUCAGUUGACACAGCUUCCACUAGGUUUGAAUCGUUCUCCCUCAGUGGCACUUUCGGAACCCAGUAUGUCUUCCCUGAGGUACUGCUGAGUGACGUUCAGCUUGCACCUAAAGAAUUUCAGGUGUCAAGUGAUGGACGUUUGUUUAGCCUGAAGCCAACAUCUGGACCUCUGUUAACGGUCACUCUCUUUGGGAGGGUGUACGAGAAGGAUUUGGCAUCAAAUGGGUCACCUGACCUCUCAACAAAUUCAGUAAAAAUAAUGUUAGUAGUUAUAAUACCUAUUGUGUUCUCAUUAUGUUGGUAGAAUAUUUACAUUUUCUCUUUUAUUUGGGAUAAUUUUAAAAAUAGCUUUUGCUAACAGUGGCCUCUGGUAUAAGUAAGUGACUAAUAUUUCUCUUUAUUUAGACAAACACACACAGCAGAUUAUGUAAGAUUAAUAUAAUAUCUAUUAAUAUCUACCUAUAAAAUUUGUCUGUAUUUAAAUUUUGGUCUUUCUARGAACUGGAUUGUUUGUGCCAAAUGAAUAUCAUGAAUGUUUUAURCAAAAGAAAUAAAAAUUAC